GCGCCCGGCGCGACCUCUGCGGAUUGCAUCGGUGUGCGGCGGCGGGGCAUGCCCAGGGCACCGGGCGCGGCCUUCAAUGGGCGAGGACACGGACACGCGGAAAAUUAACCACAGCUUCCUGCGGGACCACAGCUAUGUGACAGAAGCUGACAUCAUCUCCACUGUCGAGUUCAACCACACUGGGGAACUGCUGGCCACAGGUGACAAGGGUGGCCGCGUGGUUAUCUUCCAGCGGGAACCAGAGAGUAAGAACGCGCCUCACAGCCAGGGCGAGUACGACGUGUACAGCACCUUUCAGAGCCACGAGCCCGAGUUCGACUACCUGAAGAGCUUGGAGAUCGAGGAGAAGAUCAACAAGAUCAAAUGGCUCCCGCAGCAGAACGCCGCACACUCGCUGCUGUCCACCAAUGAUAAAACUAUUAAAUUAUGGAAGAUCACCGAACGAGACAAGAGGCCCGAGGGCUACAACCUGAAGGAUGAGGAGGGGAAGUUAAAAGACCUGUCUACAGUGACGUCGCUGCAGGUGCCUGUGCUGAAGCCCAUGGACCUGAUGGUGGAGGUGAGCCCGAGGAGGAUCUUUGCCAAUGGCCACACUUACCAUAUCAACUCCAUCUCAGUCAACAGCGACUGUGAGACAUACAUGUCGGCGGAUGACCUGCGCAUCAACCUCUGGCACCUGGCUAUCACUGAUAGGAGUUUUAAUAUCGUCGACAUCAAGCCAGCCAACAUGGAAGACCUCACGGAGGUGAUCACAGCAUCCGAGUUCCAUCCCCACCAUUGCAACCUCUUUGUCUACAGCAGCAGCAAGGGUUCUCUGCGGCUCUGUGACAUGCGGGCAGCUGCCCUGUGCGACAAGCACUCUAAGCUCUUUGAAGAGCCCGAGGACCCCAGCAACCGCUCCUUCUUCUCAGAGAUCAUCUCCUCGGUGUCCGAUGUGAAAUUCAGCCACAGUGGGCGCUACAUGCUCACGAGGGAUUACCUCACGGUCAAGGUCUGGGACCUGAACAUGGAGGCGAGGCCCAUAGAGACCUACCAGGUCCACGACUACCUGCGGAGUAAGCUCUGCUCCCUGUAUGAGAGUGACUGCAUCUUUGACAAGUUUGAGUGUGCAUGGAAUGGGAGUGACAGUGUCAUCAUGACCGGGGCCUACAACAACUUCUUCCGCAUGUUCGACCGCAACACCAAGCGGGAUGUGACCUUGGAGGCCUCCAGAGAGAGCAGCAAACCCAGGGCCGUGCUCAAGCCCCGGCGCGUGUGUGUGGGCGGCAAGCGGCGGCGUGAUGACAUCAGUGUGGACAGCUUGGACUUCACCAAGAAGAUCCUGCACACGGCCUGGCACCCAGCCGAGAAUAUCAUCGCCAUUGCGGCCACCAACAACCUGUACAUCUUCCAGGAUAAGGUCAAUUCUGACAUGCACUAGCUGGCCUCAGUGGCCCUCCUGGCCACCUCUGUAGGAGGGCAAGAUGAGCACGGUGGCCAUUGUGGGGACGUGAGUCCCUAGGCUGGAAUUGCCUUGGAUGGCAAUUGCCGGUUUAAACAGAGGAAAGGAAGGAGCCUCAGUCACAGGCGAUAGGAUGGAUGUGCCUGGUGGGCCUCGGUCCAGGGUGGGCCUCAGGCCAGGGUUCCUUUGUUUACGGUCCCUCUGCCUCAGGCUGGGCCUUUGUUUAUUAUCAGGACUUGAUUCAGGUCCAGGGGUGAUUUUUACCGCAGUGGGUCAGUUCCUAUCAGGGAAAGUCAAGUUGGUCCCUGAUGGGGCUCCCGAGAGUGAAGCUCCCAAGCCAGGCAAGAUCGGUGGGUCCUCAAAGGAGCCAGCCACGUGCCCUGGCUCGGAGCUGCUGGCUCAUGUUGGAUUUUGGACGAUGCAUUUUCAUUGAGCGCUGGCAAUGCCAGCUCCCCACUGGGGUGUUUGGGAUGCCAUUCUGUAUCCUAGGUGCCAGGCCGGGGCAGGUCCUGAGAGGCAGAGCCGAAGUCCUAGGGUUAAUCUUGAGGCAGGGCUAGGUUCCUUGUGUGGCUUUUCCAGGUUGGGGCAAGUCCUGAGAGGCAGGACUGGGGACCCUGUGUGGCUGUAGCCCUUACCUCACUGCCGUCCGUUUGUGAGUGCCCACUGCACGCUGGGCAUGGUGCUCAGUCCAUAGUGGCUGUGGAUGGAUCCCCACAGCCCACUCUGUGGUGGUUUUGCUGUCACCCUCCCAUGCUAGCCAGUCAUCUUUCCCGCAGCUGACAGUGGGUCCUGUCCCCGACUGCAGAAUCCUCAAGCCAUGAGGCAUGGGGUGUGGUUCUCAUCCCCUUUGUACAUAGGAGGAAACUAAAACAGAGAAACGGGGUGCCUAAGGAGUCACACCCCAAGGGCUGAGUUGGGGUCCCAUGCAGGUCUUUCCACGGGCUCUUUCCGGCCCACCGCAUUGGUGACUAGUUUUUAAGCAGCAUCCCAAUGGAAAGUUCUGGAAGAGGAGCAUCUGUACUUUGUGAAGCCCGAGCAGGUACACCGGUGACAAGAUGACACGGGAGAGAAGACAGAGAAGAUGGGCAGUGGCUCCCCGCUCUGCUUGGUGGCAUCCGGGCAUGCCUCCCAGAUGCACUUCGCCUCCAUUGUACCUGCAGCUUUUUUCCUCGCCCUCUCAGCUGCUCCCCGAGGAGGUUGCAUGCAGCCAGGCAGCCCUCCCCAGAGCCACAGGCCAGUGGCCACUCAGUGACCCCUCCCCCAUCCUCCCUCCUGGAAUCCCAGAACUGCAGGACUUGGCAUUUUGACUCUGGAAGCAGAGAGCAGAGGGGCUUUCGUUUUGUACAACAUGGAUUGACCUGCUGACCAGGAAACAGAUGCAAUGGAGCUUUUUUUUUUUCUCUCAGUGGAUCAAGGUAUCCUUGUGUGUGUCAAAGCACAAACUGCAUGCACACUCACUUCCGGUCAUGUAUUUACACAGAAACUGGGUCCAUUACAUUUUUGGGGUUUUUUUUAGUUUAUUUUUAAAUCAACGUGAAUGAAGAAUGUUUAUCCAUCACUGUAAAAUCCAGGCGCUCUGGACAGUAUUAUAUGUACAUAUUGACCCUGAUUAAAGUGAGCAAUCAAAAGAUCGGGCGACUUUCCCCUCUUGUAAAGAAGUUGAAGAAUGUGGCCAGUUGUACAAAAAUCUCAUUGAAGCCAAAAUCCAGGUGAGAGGGCCUUCCUUACAUGCUGGCCUGGAUCUCUGGCACACCCGCCUGCCUUUGCAGUUCGGCAUUAGAAAGGAUACUUGUCUCGGGAGCUGGCUGCUGCUGUGAGAUUGCAGGUGUCACGUGUACUGUCUUCGAAGUUCGAUCUCACAUGGUCUUCAAAAGGAGGGGUCUUUCGUAUGUCCCUCGUUUCUAGACUUACGUUUUAAACGUUGGGUACCAAAGUAGGAAGGAAAGAGAGACAGAACACGAUCUCAGAAGAAAAGCACGUCUUUGAGAAACCCGAGGACACCACCCAGAGCAGACUGCAAAUAGCGCUGCGUGUCUUGAUUGAGGACAGAGCUGUGGGGGGGGGGGGGAGGGGCAGUGUGAGGAAGAGGGACCAGAGCCAAGCCACAGACUUUGCUACCUGACUCUGCUUAAGUUCUCUGGUCUCGAAUAUGUGGCUUUUCCAUAAUCAUCGCGACAUUGUUGGGGGUUUUGAGUUUCUCUCUUCUGCCUUGGUUCUUCUCUGAGGGCAAAGCCCUUGGAGGGUGUUGGGUUUGUCCAUGCUGGUAACAUAGUCAGGCCCAGUCAUUUGGGGUUCCGUGGCUCAUAGGUGCAUUCUUGUUUUCUUCUUCGGUGUCUCACAAACUAUCCAACUGUUGAAUAAAAUUAUAAAUAUGUUAAUACCAGCUUUUUCCAAUAAAAUAACAAAUGUUACAUCUAA